CGAAAAAAGAAAACCAGAAUCAGAGGAAGCAAAGCAGGCAGGAGAGAGAAACGAAGGAGCAGGAGGAGAAACCUAAAGAGAGAGAGAGAGAGAGGAGGUCGGAAUUUGGAUGACGAUGGACAGAGAGAAGGAGAGAGAGAUGGAGCUAGAAAGCGCAAUGUACACCAAUUGCUUGCUUUUAGGUCUGGAUCCCAACGUUAUCGGACCCGGAGCAUCCAACGGCACUCCUCGGGUUGGACACUUCCGCCACUCCAACCCUAAAUUGGGCGAGCAGCUCCUCUACUUCAUCCUCUCCUCCCUUCGCGGUCCCGUUCAAUCUGCUAAAGAUUUCGAUAAGGUUUGGCCUAUUUUCGAUUCUGCACAGUCGCGUGAUUUUCGUAAGGUUGUACAAGGGAUUAUCAGUGAGCUCGAAUCUCAAGGGGCGCUUCCAAGGAGCAAUUCGAGGGUCUCUUCCCUUGCUACUUGCUGUGGACCGAGGUUUGUUGAACUUCUAUGGCAGCUUUCCUUGCAUGCUUUGCGGGAGGUUCAUAGACGGACAUUUGCUGCUGAUGUAGCUUCCAAUCCAUUGCCUGCUUCCCUAACUGAUGUAGCCUUUCAGCAUGCAGCUACACUGCUCCCUGUAACAAAGGCUAGAAUAGCACUGGAACGAAGGAGGUUUCUUAAAAGCGCAGAAACAGCUGUACAGAGACAGGCAAUGUGGUCCAAUUUGGCUCAUGAAAUGACUGCAGAGUUUCGUGGUCUUUGUGCUGAAGAGGCUUAUUUGCAGCAAGAACUUGAAAAACUGCAUGAUUUGAGGAACAAAGUGAAAUUGGAAGGAGAAUUGUGGGAUGAUCUUGUAUCAAGUUCUAGUCAGAAUGCUCAUUUAGUUUCAAAGGCUACUCGAUUGUGGGAGUCUAUAUUAGCUCGUAAAAGUCAGCAUGAGGUUCUUGCUUCGGGCCCAAUUGAGGAUCUAAUAGCUCAUCGGGAGCAUAGAUAUCGCAUCUCUGGAUCAUCUUUGCUCGCUGCUAUGGAUCAGAGUUAUCAAGGUCCUUUUUCGGAUACAAAUUUAGGUGUCAAAGAACAAGGUGAUGGGUUAAAUAUAAAUGUAAAUAAGGAAAAGCUGAAGAAUUUGGAUCCAUCUCAUCUGCAAGCAAAUGGGGAUACACAUUCUUUGGCAGAUGAUAGAGGUGGAAGAGUCCAGCCCACUGUUGAUGUAGCGGAAAUUAUUAGGCGUUGGACACAUGCAUUGCAACGUAUUCAUAAACAGUCUCUUCAUCUGGCCAAAGCUAAUGAUGGAGAAGGUCCAGAUCUAUUACGAAUUUCACAUGACAGCGAUAGAAGUGGCCAUACUGAGUCUUUAGCUGCAACUCUUGCUGAACAUCAGCAACACCUGGCUAGUUUUCAGGUGCUUAUUAAUCAACUCAAGGAAGUUGCUCCAGCAAUACAAAACUCAAUAGCAGAGUGUACAGAGAAAGUAAAUAAUAUAUCGUCCAGCCUUCCACCGAUGCCCAAUCAUCGCGGUCGAGCAACAUCACCUGUACAGGCACAGAGCAGUGGAAGGACCUUGGAAAGUAGCUCAGAUGAUGUUACUGAGGUGACUUCAAAAAUGUCUACUGUUCAUCUGGACAAAGUGUCUGCUAGUCCUCCUGCUUUAAAGCUACCACAGUUAUUUAGUAUGACCCCAAAUUCUUCAGGAAAAAGUGGUAACGUACAGAAGAGACAAACUUUAGCUCUCCAAACCAACCAGAUAGAAACUAUGUCUGAAAGGAACUCUCUGGACCAACAUUUGUCAAAUAGUCGCUUAGAUAAUGUGCCACAAGACAGUGAUAAUUUAUACGUUCAAAACUUAAAAAGAUCUGUAAGAGAAGCAGCUCUAUCUGCACAAUCCUUGAAUUUGGAAUCAUCUCGAGACAGUCGCACUGAUGAAAAUUCUGAGCACUUCUUUUUACCUCUAACAACAGCUGGGUUUUCUAGCCUGCACCUAGAAAACAACGUGGCUUCAAGGAGGGGUAAAAGAUGGUUUACACCUCAAAAGGACACUGCCUUGCUUGAGAAUCAUGCUCCUGAUAGUCAAGUUGGGGGCAAUUACAAUGAGAUACCGGACAUCUUAAAUAAUUUGGAUUGUUUUACAGAUUAUGGCCACAUAAGUGGCGCUCUUUCAGCUGCUGGCUCAAAUGGUGCAAUGUCUGAUGGACAUAUGUCUUUUUAUGAUAUUGAGGAACCUCAUGAUCAGGUCUUCUCACCUCCUUUGCUAAUGGACACAUCACUGUUAGCAGAUUCGUUCGAGGAUUUACUUGCUCCACUAUCAGAAACUGAAACUGCUUUAAUGGAUCAUUGAAAGUGGUGUUUAGACACUUUUUCUCUGACCCUUGGGAGAUGAUUGGUCAUUGUGAUGGUUUGUUUCAUUCAUUGAUUGAGAUUUUCUCCAUGCCCACUAAUUUGUUGCACGGUGAUGCUUGUUUGCCUUCCUCCUUCCUCUUCUGUACCUUGGUGACCUCAUUUUUGGCGCAGUUGAUAUUUUAUUGCUUCAGGGAAAAUGCAGACCAAUUCAGCGCUGCCCUUAAUGCUGAACAGCACGUAGAAGUCAAGCUGGCCCUUUCGUUUUGCAACUUGUAUGAAGUUCUUGUAGGCCACUAUUGAAGCCAAUCAGAUUAUUGUGCUAAUUCUUCUGAUAAUUUGUUUAAGGGGAAAUUAUUGAUUUCAAGAUUAAAAAAUGAAAAUCUUGUGCAUUUCCGUUCUUAAACUAUGGAUAUGAGGCCUCAAUUCCGCACUCCAAUGUGUGCCUGCAGAUAGCUGUCAAGAUCGAUUCUUUAUCAACUGAUCCUUGUGUAUUUGAUAGAUGUGUAUAUCAAGGGUAUCGAUUGUGUAUUUAGGCAAUUGAUAAAAAACAAGAAAUGAAUCUUUGUUUUUCCUUUUCUUUAAUAUUUUAUAUAAGAAUAAUUUCUUUUC